UCUAAAAUUGCACUUUAGUCUGAAACAUCAUUUCAACAUGACACCUUUUCUUAUCCUUCUCGUUAUAACCCUGGUGAAUUGCGAAGGUAUUGGCAAUGGUACUAACUGUGAUGGCUUCCAGGCCAACUUUAAUUUGAAGGAUGUGAUCGGAGAAUGGCAGGUGGUGGCUAUUAUUCCUGAAAAAUUGUUCCCUGAGAAACAGGUUACGUGUUAUAAGGUGGAGAUUAGUGAAACUGAUGGGGCUAGCCUAAGAUGGCUGAUAAACAAAACAGUGGAAUCUCCCAAGAAGCUGAUGCCCAAAGAUUCAAACGGAUUCAUAGUGCGACAGAGGUACCACACGGAGAACCCAUUCGAUGUCUGGUCCAAAUCUAUAGAAGGAGUCAACGGAUGCUUCCAGCAAGUCAUCUCGUUGGAUAUUGGCAAGAAUGAUAUACAUAAAGCCCUAAAACAUGACGCGAUGAUGCAGCUCCAUCUCCUGCAAGUGGAAGGAUCGAAGCCGUUUUUAAUGCAAAUGCUUUGGGGAAGAAUGAUUGCAGUUGUCAUCUAUCGACGAAAACCGGGGGUAACUCAAGACGAACUGAAACCUGUGUUUGAACUCAUAAACAUGUUACGUGGACCUCAGAGAUUACCGAAGAUUUGCGAAAGUCCUUUACGAGAUAUCCUAGUGUUUUAAUCUUAAUUUAAGGAAAGCAUUUAUAUUUUUUUUAUAACUUUGUAAACAACACACUUAUAAAAAAAUCAUUAAAUAAAAAAAAUCGCAAUGUACAUUAUGUAUAUAGGAUCAUCUCUUAAGAAUGGUGAUUAUAAAUUAUUGUACGAAUAUAAAAAAAUACGUUGAUGAUAUUUUUCAGAUGUAUGUGUUUGCUAAUGUCGACAAAUAAAAUUAAAUAAACCAUAAAGAUAAUUAUGGUAUGUAUUUUCUAAGAUUACUGAUAGAAACUAAAAUUUACCACAAAAUAAUAAUAAAAAUACUGCACAAAAGUUAUUGCUUAUCAAUUUAAAACCUAAUGAAUCUUCGUUUUAAGUUAUUUGCUCGUCCGAUGUCCGACCUCUAACAAAUGGCGGUUGAACACGCUACCUCGCUGCAGUACUAUAUUGUAAGGAAACGCCAAUAAAGCAAAAAUAAACUAACGUUAUGAUGGCAAAGAUUAUGAGAAAUAUUGACAGAAGCGACAAGUAUGAUCUGAUGCGUCGUACGUUCAUUCUGCCUUAAAAGUAGGUAGUAUUUGUUAUGUUAAAGAUUACAAUGAAAACCUUUAUCAUUCAAUUCACAAAAACGUCGUCCAUUGUCAUCAUCGUUUAUCAGAUUAAAACAUUGACUUGCAUAAAAUAUCUAUAAAUCUAUUUUGGGCGUGGAGUUUUCAUAAUUUAUAAUUGAA